AUGGACACCAGAGGGGAAAAGGUACAUAAAAGGAUGGUGAUCUGCGGCAGUUGCGGGAGACUCGAAGAAGAAAAAGAAGAGAAGAGGCCCUGUAGCCCAACUAGCAAGACAUCAUUGGAGCGAAAAGGAGUGGUGGAGAGCUUGAGGGGGGCAGAGGUCUUGUCGGAAAGGCUCCAGUUCGAUGUUAAAAAAGGUCCGUCCCUUGGGGAGAAAGGGCCAAACUCAGGGCCAAGGGACCAAGACUACCGCGGAGUAUUCAGUCCGCGGCGCAAUCAACCCGACGCCAGUGAUGAGUCACUCUGCGCCUCCAGCAUUUCACCGAAUCGGGACAUGUCCCUCCCAUGGAACCAUGGCUCCUUCACCUGUAGCCCAAAGAUAGAGGGGAAGAGAAACCAAGAUAUGACUCGAAUCAAUGCUAACGAAGGCGCCAGGGCCAAUAGUCACUGCCCAGGCGCAAUGUUGGCUGCUAUAGUGCGAUGCUCCCGCUUAUCUGGGGAAUAUCUCCGAUCUGAUGGCGUCUGGGGCGUUAUGACUGUUGGUGACCCUAUAGUGCACAACUGGAGAACUGAAGAUCCCAACACGAGCCGAAGGCCGAUCAUGCUUCAGGUAGAAUAUCACCCAAUAAGCCAGCAGUAUGCGAAGAAUUGGCCCUUUGGGAGAUCGGCAACCCUAUUUCCAUCAAUGGACCUUGGUUUGAAUCGUACGUGGGCACGCAACUAUUGCCGUGUCGAUCUCAAUCCGGCAGGAUCCAAAACCUCCUUUGACAGCUCUUGGAUGAGUGCUGGAUAUAGGCAUAGAUUUGUCGAUCAUGCCCAUGGAUCCUCCCAUGUAUUCCUUCGAGUCGAUAUUUUAUCGUACUCUCUCGUGAAGAAUUCAGCCGGAAGAAUCCUCUUAAAGUUCGGCUUCUUGCCCCUCCAAAAGCCUCCGUAUCCCCGGGUGUCGCGCAUCUGCGGUCAUUCAGUAGAGGAUGUUGUCAAGAGCGACCGUGUCUGGCUUGAGUAA